GUUGCAGCGUCGUCAAAUGUCAAACAAAAGUUACAAAGCAAAAUAGUUUUUAAGGUUGUGUUACCAUUCUUGUCUACUGCUGAAGUUUAUUAAAGUCCUAAAAUGUCUGCAAGAUAUGACAGAGCUAUCACAGUUUUCUCUCCAGAUGGCCACUUAUUACAAGUAGAAUAUGCACAAGAAGCCGUUCGCAAAGGGUCCACGGCGGUAGGUGUUAGAGGUGCUAACGCAGUCGUGCUGGGGGUAGAAAAGAAGUCCGUAGCUAAACUCCAAGAAGAACGUACUGUUAGGAAAAUAUGUUUACUCGAUGACCAUGUAGUUAUGGCUUUUGCUGGUCUCACUGCCGAUGCUAGAAUUUUAAUAAACAGAGCACAGAUCGAGUGUCAGUCGCAUAAAUUGACUGUAGAAGAUCCAGUAACGCUGGAAUAUAUCACACGUUACAUUGCUUCGUUAAAACAAAAAUAUACGCAGAGCAACGGUAGACGUCCUUUUGGUAUUUCUUGUCUCAUUGGAGGUUUUGACUAUGACGGAAAGCCACAUUUGUACCAAACGGAACCUUCUGGUAUUUACUAUGAGUGGAAAGCCAAUGCUACUGGCCGAUCCGCCAAAACUGUUAGAGAAUUCUUAGAGAAAUAUUACACCAGUGAAGAAGUAUCAUCGGAAAGAGGUACCGUCAAGCUAGCGAUUCGAGCGCUGUUGGAAGUUGUUCAGUCAGGCCAAAAAAACCUCGAAAUUGCAGUUAUGAGACACGGAGAGCCUCUAGUUAUGUUGGAUGCUGACACAAUUGAAAAAUACGUAACGGAAAUCGAAAAGGAGAAGGAAGAGGAAGCCGAGAAGAAGAAAGCGAAGAAGUGAGGGAUGGUGUCCAAUUUUUAUUACUUACUAAUUAAAAUAUCUAACGUUAAUUAUGAGUUUUUCUAAGAAAUAAAAUAUGUCAUUAA